CAUCACGGCAAGAUUGAUUGAUUAAAUGAAGACUUCUUAUUUCACCAAGGUUUAUAUCAUAUUUCGAGGGACGAGACACCAAGCUGAAUCUGGACAUUGAAAUCAUCAGCCCGAAGCCUGCCCUAUAUAUCACCGACGAGCAUCGAUCAUAUUGAUCUCACCUAGAAUAUGGCGUCUCUGUCAGGACAACAAGGCGCGGGCUCAAAAGACAAUCCGCCCGGUAAGAGUUCGUCAGGAGAGCACGCAAGCCGAACGGCGGAGCGGUACCUAGGGGACUCUAGUGGCGAGGGAAAGUCUCAGUCUCAGCAAAGCAAGAGUGCUUCAAGCACAGGCGACGACAAGUCAAGCGGAGGUGGAAGUGAAACGACGCGAACAUCCAACGCUCUGUCCGGUCUCGGCUCGUCCGACGAACUACACAGCGGAGGAGGACCUACCGCGGGCGAAUACGCGGGGCGAGGAUCAAGUGGCCAUACAGAGGGCCAGAGAUCUUUAGCAGAAGGAGCGCCUCAUGGAUGAAGUUGGAACAUUACAGUACCUGAGCCUGCGGUAUGCGAGGGUGAUUGGAGGUGGUUAUUCAAUAGAUAUCUCGACGAUAGGGUCUAGAUCAUGUAGACGAGAAGAGAGAUAAGGGGGACAUCAACAAUUCGG